CAUAUGAAACUAUUUCAUUGUAAAAAUCAAGAAAGUUCAAGAGACAGCUUAUUCAUCCUUUAUAUAUGAUAAGUUCCAUUUGUACAUUAUAUUCAUCAUUACUGUAUUCCCAUUUCAUAGAAUCCAGAAGAAAGAUGGCUCUCAUCUCCCAAUUAUUUGGCGAUGAAAUUUACGACCCUUUCCUUUCAAUGGUCAACAAAUGUCCAGUCCUUAACACCCCAACAGAUUGGAAAGAAACCCCAGAGGCCCAUGUGUUCAUAUCUGAUCUUCCAGGGCUCAACAAAAAGGAAGUGAACGUUGAGAUUGAUGAUGAAAGGGUGCUCAAAAUAUAUGGAGAAAGGAAGGAGGAGAAAGAUGAUAAAAAUGUUAAGUGGCAUAGAGUUGAGCGUUGCAGAGGCGAGUUCCGUAGGAGUUUUAGGUUGCCGGAGAAUGUGAAGACCGAUGGAGUUAAGGCAUCAAUGGAGGAUGGUGUGCUUGUGGUGACUGUCCCCAAACAAGAAGUGAAGAAACCAGAGAAGAAAAUGAUUGAGAUUGAGGAGAUCAAGGGUUGAGUGAAAGAGAUUUGAGAAAAUUUUCAUGUUUUGUUUCAGUGUUUUCUUUGGUGUGUUUCAUGUGUGUUGUUGUUGCUGCAUUUUCAUGUAAUGUGUAUGCUUCUGGCAUGUAAUAC